UAUUAGUACUAACCUAAGAAAACAUAAUUCAGAAAAAUAAAAAAUAAAUACCUAAGAACGAAGAAAUGAGAGAGAAGAAGCGAGUAAUAAACACGGUUGAAAAAGGGGGACUGGAGUUGUUCAAUUCUUCAAUUAAUUCACUUACUCAUCACAGACACUACUCGAUAGUUCAGAAAUGAACAACUCUUUUUCUCCCUUUUCUCGCCACGCCAUUUUUUGACUUCAUUAUUCCGAUGGAACGCAAGUCCACGCUUCUGCAAUUCAUUCUCCUUCUAUUACCUUUAAUUGCUUUUCCUGGAAUCACUUCCAAUGCAACACUUAAUAAUGAGACUUGCGGUCACUUCGAUGCUUCACACACUAAAGCGCCAUGCCCAAAUGGUUGGGUUAUUGACCCUAACAAGACCAAGUGCUUUCUCCAUGUUGGGAGGCCUCAAUCUUGGAAUGAUUCAGAGACAUGCUGUAGUAAAUAUGGUGGACAUUUAGCAUCAUUGGCAUCGCUUCAGGAGUUACAUUUUGCUCAAAGUUUAUGUGGCGAAUCCAUCAAUAGUUGCUGGAUUGGUGGAAAAAGACACAACAAUGCAUCUGGUUUUCAGUGGAUGUGGUCUGAUAAUUCUCAAUGGAAUAAGUCCAUAUUUCCUUUGGCUAAUGUUCAACUUAAUUGUACUGGAACUGGACUAUCCUGUAAUUGGAACAGUACAGAUAAUUUAUGUACAGCAAUGAGUAAUAAUUCAAAAUUUCUCAUGAGUGAGAGAUGUGGUAAUCCUCAUGCUUCUCUGUGUAUACUUGACUUAGAUACAAAAUGUAACCAUAUGCACUGCCACAGGGAGUACCUUAUAAUCCUUGCAGUGGUGAGUGGAUUGAUACUCUCGACAACAUUAGCAGUGGUUGUCUGGCUUCUUGUAUAUAAGCGGGGCAAGAAGAGAAGACGAUCUAGAAAACUAUCUGAUCUUGCCGCUUCACUUCCAUCAUGGAAAGUCUUUACCAAAGAGGAACUAAGGUCAAUCACGAAAAACUUCAGUGAAGGAAACCGUCUUGUUGGGGAUACAAAGACUGGUGGUACAUACAGUGGGGUCCAACUAGAUGGCUCAAAGGUUGCUGUUAAGAGAUUGAAGAGAUCAAGCUUUCAGAGGAAAAAAGAGUUCUAUUCUGUAAUUGGCAGGGUUGCAAGGCUUCGACAUCCAAAUCUGGUGGCUGUGAUGGGAUGCUGUUAUGAUCAUGGUGACCGCUACAUUGUUUAUGAGUUUGUAGCUAAUGGGCCCUUAGAUAAAUGGCUACAUCACUUACCAAGGGGAGGUCGCAGCUUAGAUUGGGCUAUGAGGAUGAAAAUUGCAACAACGCUUGCUCAAGGAAUAGCGUUUCUGCAUGACAAGGUUAAGCCACAAGUUGUUCACCGAGAUAUACGAGCUAGUAAUGUGCUGCUGGAUGAGGAGUUUGGUGCACACCUUAUGGGUGUUGGCUUGUCCAAAUUUGUGCCAUAUGAAGUGAUGCAUGAGAGGACUGUGAUGGCAGGUGGAACUUAUGGGUAUCUUGCUCCCGAGUUUGUGUACAGAAACGAGCUUACAACAAAGAGUGACGUUUAUAGUUUCGGUGUCUUGCUACUUGAAAUAGUUAGCGGGCGUAGACCAGCACAAGCAGUUGAUUCUGUGGGUUGGCAGAGUAUAUUCGAAUGGGCUACACCUCUUGUUCAAGCCAAUCGCUACCCUGAACUCUUGGAUCCUCAUAUAUCUUCAUCGUCUUCUAGUAUCAUCCCAGAGACUAGUGCUAUCCAGAAGGUGGUUGACCUCGUUUAUUCAUGCACGCAGCAUGUACCUUCUAUGCGCCCUAGAAUGUCUCAUGUUGUUCAUCAGCUGCAACAGUUUGCUCAGCCACCUGCAAAAUAAAGCUAAUUUAGUUGCCAUGACUAAGCUAAUAUAGACGGACCUUAAUUUAAAACCUUGAUGUAUCUAAAUCUUGACAAUUGAAGAAAGUUUUUUCUUAAUGUAAUAGAUAUAUUAUGUACUUUAACAUGCCCUUCUUUAGGGUUGAAACUAUGUUUGCUUAAUUAUCAUGGGACAGCAGCUAGGGUUAGACUAGGUAAAUUCUGCAAAACAUACAUGUAUUGUAAUUGUACAUGGUAACUAUUAGUCUUGGUAGAAUUACUACUAGAAUUGUGUAUGACCCUUUUGCCAUUCUUAGCAAAAUUAUGAAGAGGACAUGAGUGAAAUGUGUUUAAAGGAAA